AUGGAUAUACUGGUUCUGAUUGGGUGUGUGAUGGAGGGAAAGGAGGUAAACUUCCCCCGACUAAUCAGGCAUAGUAUGUGGAAAGCUCAUAUUCGCGGCUUGCUACCCUUUCCUACACUGGUCACCAGCAUGAUUGAGCUGGCAAGUGUCCCGUGGGAGAAUGAUGAUGUAACACCACUACCCCCAACAAUGAGACUACCAUUCCAUGGGGAUCAGGAGGAGGAGCCGGCUGAGGAGCCGACUCAUCAGGAUGCACUUCCAGAGACACAGGCCACCACUGAGGUCCAGCAGCCUCCUGAGGAUCCACAGCCACAUCCAGAGUCACAGCCAGUCCCAGUCCCACAGUCCGAGCCUGAGGAGCCCGGCGCGAUUGUUGACCCUCAUCCCGAGCUUCAGCAGUAG